AUGCGGAAAUAUCUGGAAUCACCUGGAGAGCAGCAGCUCAGAUACAUGGUGAUGAUGGUUCCCAAAGGCACCGUGAGUGGCUUCCCUGGAUUUGAUGAGCGGACCGAUGCAGAAACUCUUCAGAAGGCCAUGAAAGGCCUGGGCAUCCGACUGUUGACAGUUCGGAGUCACGCUCAGCGCCAGACCAUCUCGGUGGCUUUUAAAACCUUUGGCAGGGAGCUUUUGGAUGACCUGAAAUCAGAAUUAACCGGACAAUCUGAAAAAUUAAUUGUGGCUCUGAUGAAACCCCUCUCAGCUUUACGCGCCUAUGAACUGAAGCACGCCCUUAAGGGAGCUGGGACCAAUGACAAAGUCCUGGCAGAAAUUACUGCUUCAAGGACACCUGAAGAGCUAAGAGGCAUAAAACCAGUCUGUGAAGAAGAAUAUGGCCCGAGCCUGGAGGAUGACGUGGCUGGCGACUCUUCAGGUUUCUACCAGAGGAUGUUGGUGGUUCUCCUUCAGGCUAACAGAGACCCUGAUGCCAGAGUUGAUGAAACUCAAGUUGAACAAGAUGCUCAGGCUCUGUUUCGGGCUGGAGAACCUAAAUGGGGGACAGAUGAAGAAAAGCUUAUCACCAUCCUGGGAACACGUAGUGUGUCUCAUCUGAGAAGGGUGUUUGACAAAUACAUGACUAGAUCAGGAUUUCACAUUGAGAAAACUAUUGACCGGGAGACUUCUGGCAAUUUGGAGCAACUACUUCUUGCUGUUGUGAAAUCUAUUCGAAGUAUUCCUGCCUACCUUGCUGAGACCUUCUACUAUGCUCUGGAGGGAGCUGGGACAGAUGAUCACACACUCAUCAGAGUCGUGAUGUCCAGGAGUGAGACUGAUCUGUUUAACAUUAGAAAGGAGUUUUGGAAGAGUUUUGCCACCUCUCUUUAUUCCAUGAUUGAGAGUGAUACACCUGAGGACUAUACGAAAGCCCUCCAGCUGCUCUGUGGUGCAGAAGGUGACUGA